ACAAGAGAAGAAGAAAAGGAAAUGGCUGCUUCAGUGAAUGCGUUUUCCAAGGUGUUUUGCCGUGUGUUGCCUUCCUUUUCUCGUCCAUUUCGUCAUUACCAGUCUUGUCUCCAGAAGCUGCCUUUGAAGCCAUCAUGUCCGGCACCCGUUCUGUUUGUACAGUCCAACCAGUUUUUCUGCAAAGCAGCAUCUUUGCAGUGUGAAACCACUGCUGAGCCUGAGGAGAAACCCUCCCGUUACCAAGACAAACCCUGGGAUUACCUGGAGAGUGAAGAGUACAUUGAAAGGUAUGGAACAUCACCGGUGUGGAGAGGCUACAGGAGAAACCAUAAAGGAAGCAUUCCACCACAGAAGACACGCCUAACUUGCAUCAGGGGAAAGAAGAUCUGUGGGAACCCUUGUCCAAUUUGCCGGGAUCCUGACGUCAUUGUCCACCAUCAGAACGUUAAGCUGCUGCAGCAGUUUAUCUGCCCCCACUCUGGGGAGGUGUACGACGCAACUUAUACCGGUGUGUGUAGGAAGCAACAGAAAAUGCUCAACCGGGCCAUCCAGAAAGCAAGAGAUCAAGGACUACUUUCCUUCCAAAUUCCACACGUGGACUUCUCAGGACAGGAUUAUUCCAACACUCACGAUGCUGUUGGAUACACACCUCCACCUUCCAGUACCUCAGCUGAAACCUGGUACACAUGGUACCGGAAAAUCACACCUGAUCCCAAUGAAGUGGCUAAAAUCAGGAAGAUGUACAAGCCUUAUUUAAAACGUUAAGAUAAUGAAACAAUCUGUACGUGUUAACAAAACUGCUAAAUAAAACAUGAUGGAAAAAAUGGA